UCUGCUGUCAUGGCCGACGAGCUUGUAGCCAAGGAGUCCCAAAUACAGCCUUCCAGCGCCUCGCUCAAUGAUGAGGAGCUUCUCGCGCGGCUGGGCUACAAGCAGGAGUUCAAACGCGACUUCUCCAGACUCGAGCUGUUUGGCCUCUCGUUUACUAUAGUCGGUGUUGUGCAGUCUAUUGCAGCCGUCCUUCUAUUCUCCCUGCCCUAUGGCGGUCUAGUUGGCAUGGUCUGGGGCUGGUUCACCUGCUGCUGCUUCCUGAUCGUCGUGGGGCUGGCAAUGGCCGAGUUGGGCUCGGCGGCGCCCACCGCCGGAGGCUUAUAUUAUUGGACCUUCACUUUUUGUUCCCCAAAAUACCGGAACUUGUUCUCGUGGCUCAUUGGUUAUGUUAACACCGCUGCGUACAUCGCCGGUAUGGCUAGCGUAGACUGGGGAGUGGCCACUCAAGUGAUGUCUGCCGCGAACAUCGGCACCGACGGGGCAUUCGUCGCGACUACUGGCCAGCUCUAUGGCGUCUUCUGCGCGCUUGUCGUCUCACAUGCCAUCAUGGCAAGUCUCGCAACGAAAAUCAUCGCCCGGCUCCAGUGGUUCUACGUCUUCCUUAAUAUUGCUCUAUUCCUUGUCGUAAUCAUCGCCCUGCCGGCGACCACCCCGAAAGAGCUACACAACUCUAAGGCGUUUGCAUUUGGGCAUUUCGAAAAUACUUCUGGCUGGCCGGAUGGCUAUGCAUUCAUUUUGAGCUUCCUGGCGCCGGCGUGGACUGUUGGCGAGUUGGACGAUAUAGCGGGUUUUGACACCAGUGUCCACAUCAGCGAGGAGGCGAAGAAUGCGCCGCGGGCAGUACCAUUCGCCAUCAUGUCUGCGACAGUUCUGAGCUCCGUGCUUGGUUGGAUUGUAACCAUAGUUCUUGCGUUCUACAUGGGCAAUGACCUGGACUCCGUGACUGGGAAUCCUAUUGGGCAGCCUAUGGCUACGAUCUUCUUCAACAGUGUAGGCAAAGAAGGCACCCUUGCCAUCUGGGCGUUCAUGAUCAUCACUCUCUGGAUGACAGGCAUGGACUAUCUCAUCGCGGGCUCGCGCCAACUCUUUGCCUUCUCGCGCGACGGCGGGCUCCCUCUGUCCAAGCUGCUCUACAACAUCAACUCGCGAACCAAGACGCCCGUCCAUGCUGUCAUAUUUUUGGCUUUCAUGACCUUGCUCUUGGGAUUGUUAGCCUUCGCAGGGCCCCUCGCCAUCACGGCCGUGUUCACGAUGUCAAUCGUCUGCCAGUACAUUGGCUUUACCACACCCAUUGUUGCUCGAUGGGUCGGUGGGCAGAAGUUCAUUCCAGGCCCUUUCAACCUCGGUCUCUUGAGCGCACCGAUAUCGUUCGUCGCCUCGGCGUACAUGAUUUUCAUGAUAAUCGUGUUCCUCUUCCCACCGAUUCCGGGGGCCACCUCGCAAAGCAUGAACUAUACCGUUGUUGUCGUAGGCGGAAUUCUCCUCCUCGCGGUGGGGUAUUACUUCUUCCCGAAGUAUGGUGGGCGGUACUGGUUCACGGGUCCGCUCGAGACGAUUUCCCACGCUGCCCCGUCCAACUCGUCGAUGAUCGAGGACGAGAAAGCAAGUCGCAAAGACACCACCAGCUCUUCGGGAUAA